AUGAUCACACAAGGGGAACCAGGUAAACUCUCUGUAGAGGCUUUUGUGAUUGAACGAUUGCUUUCCUCAGAAAUUGAUAAAGAGUCUCGGAAAAUGCUUGAAAAAUUGCAAACAAAAUACAAAAGCACCUCUUAUGAAGCCUUCCGAAAUGUUGUGAGUGAUAAUUUGUAUUUUGCUGUGGGUGAUGUUGCGAGAGGCUGGAUUGAACAAGAUCAAAAAAGGCUUGAAAGUCAAAUUAAUGUACAACAAUUAGAAAUUGAUUGUGAAUUAAUAAGAAAGUUGAAUAUCGAUAUAAGAUAUGAUAUUAUUGAAUUUAUUCCUACUACGAGUAGAUGGAAGAGUUUGGAAAGAAAAUUUAAAGAUUUGAAUUCUUGUCCAAUUUGGCUCAACAAAGUUUUGGAAGAAGGUGGCUAUUGUACUGAUAUUCCAAUGGUCAACUAUCACAAAAUGAGAGUCAUUUCAAAAGAGUUUAACAGGAGAAUGAUGAUCAAAAUUUUGUCAAUGGAAGAAUUAGUUCUUGUGAGUGGCGAUAAGAAUUAUUUGAAAAGAAUACUCUAUUUACUAAAGCAACAAGAAUUCUACAAAACCAACACAUUACAAGAUAAUGAGCUCUAUUUAUAUCAAAAUGAUGAUUGUAGUUCCAAAAUAAUUCCCAAACAUCUCUUUCAGGAUGGAGUUCCAAUUUUUUCUGGCAAAUUGGAACGCGAUACUAAAGAUGUUGACGAAAGGUAUUAUCUUGAUGAUGGAUUCUUCUUUCACGCACCACCCCCACCAAUACCAAUAUCAAAGAAUUUGCUCGAUUAUAAUUAUACUAAACUAGUAUUUAGAUCAUCUCCUGUGCUCCAAAAGAACAACUCAAUCAAUGAGUUUGAAGGAAAUACAAUUGUUAAACAUUUAGUAUUAUUAGAUCCUUCUGCUAACUUUAUCACCAAACAUUGUAAGAAAGUAGAGAAAGUGACAUUAUUUGGUGACUCUGAACAAUUACUAGAGACUGUCAACGAACUUGAAAUAAUAACUAAUACAAAAGAAGAGGAUAUUCUAAUGAAGAAGUAUAAGUGUAACACCUUCAAGUUCCCUAAUUCGACUGGAAAUGGGAUGAAGAAGUAUCUUUCGUUAAUGAGCAAAAAAUUUGGUUCUAAAUUCAUUGACUAUAUGAUGUCUUGCAUUCCAAAUUCAUUUGAUUUUACGAAAUUGAUGGACAGCCCUUAUAGAUCCGACUUGUUUUUAAUGAAAGAAAUAUUAGAUAUUUUGGUGAUUGAUAUACAAUUACCCAUUGCAGGACUAGCCUUAAAUGGCUUGGAAGUUUCUAAUCCUGAAGUAUUUCAAUAUUUAAUUUAUUUAUCAAAUACCUAUCAAAAUGGAAAAUUAUUUUUAAAUGAGGAAUCGGAAAGAUUGAUAUAUUUUGGAAUGUUUAAUGGAUGGAGAUUUGAAGCAAAUCUUGAAGAGUUACUCUUUUGUACAUUGUCUGACGAGGUUUUUUUAACAGUACUAUACAGUAUUGGAAAGAUUAGCAGAGAUUUGUGUUUAUCUUUAGUUAAAUACUAUUAUUCUAGUUGUAACUAUAUCUAUUUAGAAAAACUAGUACUUUAUCUACUAAAAACACAGAAGGAUGAGUUUAUGCAAUUGUGGUAUGAAAAGAUUCAAUGUUUGCCUAAAAAUUUCGAAAUAUAUAGCGAAUUUGUUCAUGUUCCACUGCUAGUUAUCAUUAUUUCGCAAACUAGUCCAUUUACAAUAGAUAUUAUAUUCAAGGAAUUAGAUAAUCAGGAUCUUUCUCUAUACGAAGAGAAUGAGUUUGGAGAUAAUUUUUUACAUUAUAUCCAGUUAGCUUUGUACAAUCACAAAAUAUCUAGCUAUCCAAUUACAGGUCUGUUGAAAAAAGUUCCAUUUCUCCUUGGAAAAGAAAAUAAGGCUGGGGUAACACCAUUUGAUUUAAUCAAGCACAAUAGUUAUUCAGUUUUUACUGAAUUCGUAACUGAAGAGUAUGGAGAAUUUUUUAGAGAUACAAGAAGAUUACUGCGAUCUAAAAGAAGUUCAACAACUGAUAUACCAGAUGACAGUGUUGCCCAAAUUGUUGUAAUUGUAAGUUAG